AUGACUACCGCCGCCUGGGACCGCGAAAAGGCUCUUGCAGAGCAUGACGAACUGCUCAAGCGCGCGGCUACCACCGAAGAAGGUGACAUGAUCGCCACUAAGAACCACCUCAACUCGCCCAUUCUUCGUCUACCUGGCGAGAUCCGCAACCAAAUCUACAGAUACGUCUGCGAAACAACCACAAUCAGAUACGGCGAGAAUUACGAGAAGCGUCCCGAAGGUACUGGAACUGCCUGUCGCUUCACCCAAACAUUCCUUCUCACCUGCAAACAAUGGCACUCCGAGGCGAUUACACUCAUGUAUGGUCUCGCAACGUUCGAGGUGUCCAGUACCGAGGCAUGGCUUUCCCGUCAAAGCUUCAACCCCAAGUAUUGCAGCCUCAUUACGUCGCUCUCCGUUGACUCUGUAGUCAUAUCAACAGCGUUGAGGACGACCCAGGGAUACACCUAUGAAGAGGACGAAGACACCCUUCAGAACCAGGUCGAAUCACCUCUAUUACGGCUGCCAGGAGAGAUACGCAACGAGAUCUACGCGUACGCGUGUUCCCGCACUCAGGCCGUCUUCAACAACAGUCCUCGAGCCCGCAAGUCCACAGCCAUCAUAUCCACCUGUUCUCAGAUGCGCCAUGAAGCCCACGCCAUCUUCUUCGCGCAUGCGACAUUAGAUCUGAGGGCGCUCCUGUUCUCGGAGUUCCCACAGACGCUUCCACAUGCGGACUUCCGGCUCGUCACUUCCAUCCAUCUACGAUCGCAGCGGAUUACAAGGCUUCUACGGGAGGAUGAGCAAUUGGUAGCGGAACGACAGGGAGCUAAACUCUUCCCGGAACUGGAGCGAGUGUAUGUCGCUGGUUGGAGUAAAUCGCGCUGUCCAAAGGAUAGUUUGGGGGUUGACGCGCUACGAACUUGGGCGGGAAAUGCGGAUUUGCAAGUGGCGCACAGCUCAGCCUUCUAG